AUUGGAUUUUUAUAUUUUUCUUGCAGGUGGUUUUUCCCAUUCAUUGGACACAUGGGUAUAUGUACUUCUGCUGGUAUCAUUAGGGAUUUUGCUGGACCCUACUAUGUUUCUGAGGAUCAAAUGGGAUUUGGUAAUCCAACAAUGUAUUGGCAGUUGAAUCCUAAGAAUAGAGUAGCUGCUACCUGGGACUCUGCUGUACAUCAAGCUUCUGAGGAGUAUUCUCACAGAAUGCAUAAUCUAUUCUGUGAUAACUGUCAUUCACACGUAGCCCGAGCUCUUAACCUGAUGCAGUAUGAUAACUCCACUUCAUGGAAUAUGUACAAGCUGGGAUUUCUUAUGGUAUUUAAAGGGAAAUUUGUGAGUUUUGGUGGCUUUUUGAAGACAUGGUUACCAUUUAUUAUCCUGUCUAUACUGACGAUCCUUAUUGUUGUCAUUGCUACAACUGUAGUGAAGACAUCUGCUGCUUAACAAUUACAAAGGACUAUAAAAUAUUUUAUUUUAACACAUUAAUGUACUUGUAUUCUUUUAUGUAUUGUUGUAAUGAGUGGGCGUUAACAUACUUAUUAUGCCACACCCUU